UGUCAGGUGGUAGUUGUUUGAGGGUUGUGGGUAGAAGAAGAGAUACAGCUACACAAAAUCUCACUAAAUCUCACUAAAUCUAAGCUAAUAUAAUAAUAUAAUAUAAUACUUCAACCCAGGAAACACGCAUGAUGUAUGCUGGUAUGCUGGUGAAGCCAGGUGUGACUCCUCCCCCUGUGUGUGACUCCUCCAGGACAGAGCGUGAUGUCAGCGGCUGGUCAUCGGAGCGCCUACGCCAGCUGCUGUUGGCGGUGCGCGUGGAGGGGCCGGAGGGCGCCGGUCAGCUGACCGACGUCGACAAACUGGACGGAGAGGCGUCCAUCAACAACCGCAAGGGCAAGCUCUUCUUCUUCUACGAGUGGACGCUCACAGCCAGCUGGCUCGGGACGACGAGCAGCGGUGUGAAGUACCGAGGAACCGUCCACGUGGCCAACCUGUCAGACGAGAACGAGGCGGACGACCUCGAUAUCUCGGUGUCUCUGUGUAAGGACCAGCCCGAUACGCCGCUGCUCGGCCUGAUGAGGACGCGCGGCGUCCAGGAGGUCCGCCGGGUUCUGGCCCAGUACGUCCAGCAGCUCAAAUCAGAGUUCAGCCAGGGGAUGAUCCUUCCCUCCAACCAACAGCAGAAGACACCGCAGCCUCCGACACAGAAGAAGAAGCCACUCCAGACCAGUCAGUCUCAGAUUAGCCCCGCCCCCAGGGCCUCCUCUGGCCCCGCCCCCAGGUGCUCCUCUGGCCCCGCCCCUAGGGCCUCCUCUGGCCCCGCCCCCAGCCCUGCUACCUGCAGCUUUAAUCUGAAGGAAACCUUCCAGACGUCUGCUGCCGAGCUGUACACCACAUUCAUCAGCCAGGAGUUUGUGCAGGUGUUUACCCGCUCGGCGGCGGUGGUGGACGGGCGGCGAGGCGGCCGGUUCCAGAUGAUGGACGGCAGCGUCAGCGGCGAGUUCACCCAGCUGGUCCCUGAACGCAGCAUCCAGAUGAGACUGCUAUGCUGCGGUGAGUCUGGAGCUGCAGCAGCGCGGAGACGAGACGGAGCUCAGCAUGGCGUGCAGCGGCGUGCCGGCGGCCGAGGAGGACGCCACCAGAGAGGGCUGGCGCCGCUUCUACUUCCAGGCCAUCAGGCAGACGUUCGGAUACUGACCCGGUCCGACCCGGUCCGACCCGGUCCAACCCGGCCCGGUCCAACCCGGUCCAACCUGGUCCGACGCGCCAACAGAGAACUGAUGUUUGUGGCGCUUUUUUUGUUGUUGACAUUUUUGUAACUUUUCAUUUUAUGUUAGUUAGCGACAAUAACCUUGAAAAAAGGGACAAAAAAAUCUAAAAAUGUGACAAAAAUGUCAGAAAAAGUGACGAAAACUUUGCAGAAAUCACAAAUGAUUGUCAAACAGAACCAGAACCAGAACCAGAACCAUUAGAACCAGAA